CUAGGACCCGAAACAACCAGGAAGUAAUGCCCAUCUGAACAGGACACGAGGGUUAUGUAGUGCUGUGUCGGUGAUGUUUUAUAUUGAAUCUUCAGCUGUGGCGCUCAAACUCUCUCUGAUUCGUCACUGAGCGCAUCUGAACCAACAACAGCAGUGAAGAGCAGCGGGCAUCAGCCUCAUCCAAUUAACCAGCACGUCUGGGGUGCCUGGCCCUUCACCGAAGACAUGUCAGCAGAGGACGCAUCUAGUACAUACCGUUGAGUAUCAGGGGUCAUGGAGUCUCUCUUCGGGGGCCAGUUGGGCUUGCUGGGGGGUAACGAAGGUCUUAAAGAAGAUGGCUGUGGGGUGGGCUGGUCAAACUCUCCCUUAUCAGAAGACAUGUACUCUGCCUCCCACUUUGCCCUCAUCAGCGCCUACCAGGACAUUAAGACCCGACUGGCUGGCCUCGAGCGAGAAAAUGCAGACAUCAAAAGAAAACUCAAGAUUUACGAGAUAAAGUUUCCCAUGAUAAGCGAGUUUGGAGAUGACAGGAACUCCUACUGCUCCUUUGAGCCGAAAGACACAGCGCUGCUCCAGUCAGAGAAUGGCAGUCUGCAACAGAGAGUCAACAUGCUGACCCUCGAGCUUCAGAAGGGCAAGGAGCGAGAGGAGCAGCUUGAAGAUGUCAUUCAGGCCUAUGAGAAAAUCCACAUGGAGAAGUCCAGCCUUCAGCGAGACCUCGACAAGAUGACGUCUCUGGUGGAGAAACAUGUUGAGCGGAUCCACAGUUUAGAGGCAGCUCUGAGGCAGAGGGAGAGCUCACUGCACAAACUCAACACACAGCUACACAAUAAAGACAUGCAGUAUCUGCAACUACACAACCCUGACUCGCAUAUGCUAGACUGCCCCAUGACCUUACAGAGCUCCCGAAGUCUGGACACCCUCUCUGACCUCAAACUGCAGCGUCUGGAGGCGGAGCUUGAGGGGGCUCGGCACGAGGCUCAGGGGGCGUGUCAGAGGGAAGAGGAGCUAAAAACUGAAUGUGAGAGGUUACGGGAAGAACUGAGAGAAUUUCAAAGCAACCAGAGACAGAGGGAUGUGAGUUCCACUUGUAGACAGUGUGAUGUGGAGUGGAUAAAGAAAGUUGGAGAUGAACAAGUAAAUCUGGCUUUGGCCUAUACUGAACUAAUAGAGGAGUUGGGCAAGCUACAGGCCCUGACCUCGAAACAGACAGAGAUAUUGCGAAAAGUCUCACAGGAGCCGGCAAGCCCAGUUCAGCGUCACUCUCCUGUCCCUCACCAGAGGCAUUCUCCUGUUCCGCAGCGCCAUUCCCCAAUCCAACAGCGCCAUUCUCCCAUACAGCAGCGCCAUUCGCCUGUUCCCCAGCGGCGCUCGCCAGUGCUGCAGCGUCUCUCUCCAGACAUACAUCGUCGCUCGCCUCUGCCUGAGCUCACCGACGGCCCCGCAUCCUAUUCCUGCAGGCCCACUUCCCACCACUUGAGGGCCAGUUUCCAGGGAAGACGCAGUUACUCUGAGGUAGCGGAUCCAUCGGCUUAUCAGCGGCCCCCACGGUUCACUCUGGACCCGGUGUCCACUUUGCCGAAACCUCGACCAUAUGUUGACAGCUACCACAAGCAGCAACAGCAGCAGCAGCAGCAGCAACAACAUCAACAUGGAGGAAGCCAGCACAUGUUAGUUCAAAGACAGGGCUCUCAGUCUGGGGUUGGAGGCGAUGGGGGUUUGGCUGAAUCUCCACGGCUGUCCAGGGAGCUGUCUUUCCACCACUCAGAUGUGUCCCACUUGCAUUUUGAGCCUCAGCCCAGCCCAGCACCUCUGCAUUCAUCCCCACAGCCUCCACAGUCCUCAGAGGAUGAGGAGGAGUGGUCCUGCCCUCAUCCAAUCAGUCCUCCGCGAACACUGGGGGUGUCGAGCCCCUCAUCAAGCUCCAGAGGCCCUGCCUCUUGUUCCGCUUUCCCAAUUCCUUCCCGUCCCAACACCUUAAGCUGUCACCCACCUGGAUACCUGCACGCAGAGCAUGCCCAGUCUUGGCCAUCCAUCAAUCUGUGGAUGGAGACAGAGGAGGAGGGUGACGUCAGGAGCUGCCCGCUGUGCCAGCUAAUCUUCCCUAUUGGUUACCCUGAUGAUGCCUUGAUCAAGCACAUUGACUCGCACCUGGAGAACAGCAAGAUCUGACACCCACAGCCACGCCAUGACCUUCUGUUGUUCCACAGUUAUAUUCAGUCUUUGCUCCUGCUAUUUUUAGCCGGGUGCCUUCAGACAGAAUGUAGGCGAUGCACCUGUGGCCAGUCUCCCGAUUUGAUAAGUGAAACGGAGAUCUGUGAUUACCUGCAAAACUCAAAUGUGUCAUGAAUGGCUUAUAUCUCUAUAUAUCGCUUCUUUUCAUCAAACAUUUCUUGAAAAAUUUUAACUUUCUAUUUUAAACACUGUUUAUCAGCAAUUACAAACACACUAAAUCAAACUGACUGAGCAUGUUGCAAUAUUAAGGCUCUCAUUUCAGCUACAGUUCAACUACAGUUCCCACGAUUAUGAAUGGGCUUUGUGACCAUUUUUGGAGAACUGAGUAGUUAUGAGGGUG